GUGAGCAGCCACAGUGCCCUGCUCAGAAGCCCCGGGCUCGUCAGUCAAGCUGGUUCUCAGUUUGCACUCGGCAGCAGGGGCAGGCGAGUGGCCCCUAGUUCCGGGAGCAGAGCAGCAGCGACCCAGUCCUGGUCCUCCAGCCCCGAGCCUCGCCUGCCCUCCCAGCGCCGGGAUGGCCACCAUCACCUGCACCCGCUUCACGGAAGAGUACCAGCUCUUCGAGGAACUGGGAAAGGGAGCCUUCUCAGUGGUGCGCAGGUGUGUGAAGGUGCUGGCUGGCCAGGAGUAUGCUGCCAAGAUCAUCAACACCAAGAAGCUCUCAGCCAGAGACCAUCAGAAGCUGGAGCGUGAAGCCCGCAUCUGCCGCCUGCUGAAACACCCCAACAUCGUCCGGCUCCAUGACAGCAUCUCCGAGGAGGGACACCAUUAUCUGAUCUUCGACCUGGUCACCGGCGGGGAGCUGUUUGAGGACAUUGUGGCCCGGGAGUAUUACAGUGAGGCUGAUGCCAGUCACUGUAUCCAGCAGAUCCUGGAGGCCGUGCUGCACUGCCACCAGAUGGGGGUGGUGCACCGGGACCUGAAGCCGGAGAAUCUGUUGCUGGCCUCCAAGCUCAAGGGCGCCGCGGUGAAGCUGGCGGACUUUGGCCUGGCCAUCGAGGUGGAGGGGGAGCAGCAGGCGUGGUUCGGGUUCGCAGGAACACCUGGAUACCUCUCCCCAGAAGUGCUGCGGAAGGAUCCGUACGGGAAGCCUGUGGACCUGUGGGCCUGCGGGGUCAUCCUGUACAUCCUGCUGGUUGGGUAUCCCCCAUUCUGGGAUGAAGACCAGCACCGCCUGUACCAGCAGAUCAAAGCCGGCGCCUAUGAUUUCCCGUCACCAGAAUGGGACACCGUCACCCCAGAAGCCAAGGAUCUGAUCAACAAGAUGCUGACUAUCAACCCAUCCAAACGCAUCACGGCCGCCGAGGCACUCAAGCACCCCUGGAUCUCGCACCGGUCCACCGUGGCCUCCUGCAUGCACAGACAGGAGACCGUGGACUGCCUGAAGAAGUUCAACGCCAGGAGAAAACUAAAGGGAGCCAUCCUCACCACUAUGCUGGCCACCAGGAACUUCUCUGGAGGGAAGAGUGGAGGAAACAAGAAGAACGAUGGUGUGAAGGAAUCUUCGGAGAGCACCAACACCACCAUUGAGGAUGAAGACACCAAAGUGCGGAAACAGGAAAUUAUAAAAGUGACAGAGCAGCUGAUCGAAGCCAUAAGCAAUGGAGAUUUUGAGUCCUACACGAAGAUGUGUGACCCUGGGAUGACAGCCUUUGAACCCGAGGCCCUGGGGAACCUGGUCGAGGGCCUGGACUUCCAUCGAUUCUAUUUUGAAAACCUGUGGUCCCGGAACAGCAAGCCUGUGCACACCACCAUCCUGAACCCCCACAUCCACCUGAUGGGUGACGAGUCGGCCUGCAUCGCCUACAUCCGCAUCACGCAGUACCUGGACGCAGGCGGCAUCCCCCGCACGGCCCAGUCGGAGGAGACCCGCGUCUGGCACCGCCGGGACGGCAAAUGGCAGAUCGUCCACUUCCACAGAUCUGGGGCGCCCUCCGUCCUGCCCCAUUGAAGGACCAGGCUGGAGAGAUCCACUCUUCGUCUGUGGAAUGUGGCGGCUGGUUCUCCCACUUGGAUUUUGCUGGAAUUCCCCCAAUCACGUCACCCCCCCCAACACCACCAUCACCGUCACCUUCUUUCAUACCCGCGUCAAGAAAACCUGUCUGUUCACAAAAGCCAUCACGACUUCAGAGCAAAUGGCCACAUCUCCUGGCCCCUCACCUGCCACUCUUGCUCUCUGUCCCCUGUCAGGGCAGGGCUUCCUCAGGCCUGGGUGCCCUGGAUGCUGGCCCCAAGGACCCCCCACCUGGCUGUCGUCGGCCUGGUCUUGCCUAGGCCAGAAUGCCCAACAGUGUGUUCACCCAGGGGCUGGGGAGAAGGAGGGGCAGAGUCAGGAGGAAUGUGGCAUCGCCCGACCCUCUCCGUGAUCUCUCCUCUUCAGGGGUCCCCUGGGGAAGGGCAGAUGGAUCCCUGAUCCCCUGGGCCAACCUCCCCUGCGGGAGAGGGUGAGAGAUGAGCAGACACCAGGAGCCUCCUGCCUCAGACUGCCUCCCUGACUCUCCUCCCGUCCUGUCAUGCCCUCCUGGUCUCCGACUCCCCCUUCUCCCUCGGUGUGGGGAGCGUGAUGCUCUCAGGGUGCCCCCACUUCUUUCCUCCUUCCUCCUGCUGAUGUUUACCUCCAACAUUAACCGCCCAUUCCACCCUGCCAUCAGGCCUGGAGAAUUCCAGCUUCGUCACAUCCGAGGGAGAGAAUCUGAUUGCUUUUUGGGGGCAAAAGAAAGCAUUUAGGUAUCCCUUCUACUUGGACCGCAUGCCUUUUUAUAGCCAAACUUCCGUGUGUUUCGUAAAUGGAUUUUGCGUUAAUGGAUAUUUAUGUAAUAACUAGACCUCUCCAAUUAUUAUGAGGAGGGACGGGAGGGCUGGGAAGAGAGGUGGGAAGAGGGAUGAAGGGUAGUUUUUUUCUGUUCUAGGUCUUUUUUUUUUUCUUCUUUUUUUCAUGUCAUCUCUGAGAUGGACUUUGUCACCUGUGUUUAUCUGGGGCUGAGGUGGACUCAGCCCCAGGGGGAAGGGCCUCCCUGACAUUUUGGUCCCAAGGUUCCUUUCAGGACUAGAAGCAUCAGAUGUUAGUGCUAAGAAACAGCAAAUCAGAGAGAGUGGGGGAGGUUGUCAAGAUGGAAAUAUCUGGACUUUGCUUGGCUCCCAAACUGGGGUCCUUACGACCACGCUUCCCAGGAUUUCAUCCCACCACAUCUGUGUGCCACCCCCAGUGCCCCCUAACCAUCUCUGGGGGGUUCACAAGCAUGUGUCUUCAUUGCCUCUCCCCUCGGCGUCCGCUGGUCCAAGCAGAGCCCUGGAAUUCCUACUCUUCAUGCCUCGUCCUGCAUCCUAGGUUCGCAUCUCUCUCUUUCUUUUCCUUUCUCUGUCCCUCUUCCCCGGGACUGACUCAGAUGUGGAUUGCCUUGGCACAUCCGCCAGGAUCUACUGUCUGCACUGUUUUCUUUGCAUGACUUUAUAUGCAGUAAGUAUGUUGAAAAAAAAAAAAAGAAAAGAAAAAACACUCAGCAAAACCAAUCUACAUGUUUUGGACAAAAAAAAAAAAAAUAAGAGGUUGUAUUCUCA